AUGGAUGGAAACUUUAGUAAGCUAGUUACGACUGCCGUUGGGAGUCUAGGGCUGUGGAGUCACAUCACGGAUGAUGGUCCCGAGCCAGUGGCUAAAGGAAAUGAAGAAGGUGAAGGUGGAAAAGUGCUCACCGAGGCUGAUGUUAAGAAGAAAUGGGUCCAAGAAGAUCUGAUGGUGCUUUCAGUGCUUCAAGGGUCUCUUGAGACGCUCCAGAAGACAUUUGGAAAUGUCUCAAAUCUUAGCCGUGUGUUUGAGUUGAAGAAAGUCAUCACCUCCUUGAUGCAAGAUGGGAUGGAUCUCAUUAAGCACAUUGGAAAGUUCAGAGCCCUUUUGUCUGAACUAGACAAUCUACGACCCGACACAAGUGAUCACGAGAUCCUCGUGGAGAGGAGGGAGUAUGAUAAGAUGUUUGGGCUGAUGAUGACGUUUGAUACUUGCUACAAGGAUGUCAUCAAACACAUUCUGAGGUCGCCAAGUUUACCAACUAUGGAGGAAGUGUGUGCUCAACUUCAGAAGGAGGAAGAGUCUCUAGGCCUAUUUGGAAGAAAAGAGGAGCUUUUAAUGUCUCACCAAGCUGAUGAUAUGCAAGCAAACAAGGCUGCAUAUAAGAAUGAAGGAAGAAAGUAUGGUGAGCGGUUUGAAGGAAGUUGUGACCAUUGCAAAAAGCCGAGACAUAAGAAGAGCCAGUGUUGGAUUCUGCAUCCUCAUCUAAAGCCAAGCAAGUUCAAAAAGGAUAGAGAAGCACAUGCUCACCUUUCUGCUGAAGCGAGUGGUAGUGGUUCAACCGGAGCCAGCGCAUGUGUUCAAGCCGUUGAAAGUGAGGGUAGGAAUUUAGCUUCUCAUCACUUGAGUGGAAAAAGCUUAGAGCAUGAGGUGAUCAGGAAGUCCGACAUAGAUGCCCUCAUCAAAGCUCUUAAGGAAUCUGGUAACAAACUCGGAAACACCUUUGGUUAUUCCUUUGCUGCUCAUACAAUGCCUAGUAGUACUGAUAAGUUUCUAGACAUGUUAGAGAGCUCCUAUACUGCAAAAGCUGAGUCAAGCAUUGCUAAUAAACUAAUAGGACUGUUUGAGAACUUGAAAAACAAAAAUGAUCAUCGUAGGACUCAUAUUGCUAAGAACAUGCAUAAGCCUUUAAUUAUUGAUUAUGGUGCAUCUCAUCAUAUGAUUAGUGAUAACAGCUUGAUUAAAUAUAUAGAACCUGCUCAAGGUCAUGUUAUGAUUGCUAAUGGUGAUAGAAUUCCUAUUAGAGGCAUUGGUAGGUUGAAAUUGUUUAAUAAGGAUUCUAAAGCAUUUUUCAUGCCUGAGUUUACUUCUAAUCUCUUGUCUGAUAAUGGUGGAGAGUAUACGGGUCAUGCAUUCAAGGAUCAUCUAACUAGCCAUGGGAUUCUUCAUCAGACGAGCUGUUCGUACACUCCUCAGCAGAAUGGAGUGGCUGAAAGGAAGAACAGACACCUCAUUGAGGUGGCCAGGUCGAUGAUGUUCCAUACGAGUGUGCAUAAAAGAUAUUGGAGUGAUGAUGUGAUGUCUGCUUGCUACCUGAUCAACAGGAUACCAACCAAGAUACUAGCUGAUCAGUCUCCAUUUGAGGUCCUUAACAAGAGUAAGCCGGCGUUGGAGCACUUGAGGAUAUUUGGAUGUGUUUGCUAUGUGCUGGUAUUGGGAGAAAUGCGGAACAAGCUAGUGGCAAAGAGCACCAAAGCCAUGCUGAUUGAGAAGAAUUGGGAAGAACUUGGGGAUCUAUCCCAACCAUCAGACAAGGCAGCCAGUUUGAGAAACAUUCUACAAGGACUUGGGAUUGGAGUGUCCCAAGAUCAGAUCAGGCGUCAAAAGCCAAUACGGGUUAUAGCUGAAGAAUCAUCUCACUUUGAACAUGAGGGGGAAAGUGAAUCUGAAGCAGCAAGUCUAGAAGAUCAGGACUCAGAUGAAGCUGAAGGUCAAAGAGAUCAAGGCUCAGAUUCUCCUGUCCAAAGUGGAGAGGAUUCAAGAAGAAGAGAUCAGAAUGAAAGUCAGGAAGCUAGUGAAGAGAGUCAGAUACAAGAUGAAGCUGUUGAGAAAGCUGCUGUAGAGCAUCCUUCCCAAGCUGUGUGCUCAUUUGCUGAGUAUCCGGAAGAUCACUAUGCAUUUAUGGUCAGUCUUGAUGAAAGUUAUGUGCCUAGAAGCUAUGAAGAGGCAAUGUUGAUUCAAGAGUGGAGAGAUUCAGUCAAUGCUAAGGCUGAUGAUAUGAUUAGAAAUGAUACAUGGUAUGAGAAUAAACUUCCAAAGGGAAAGAGAGCUGUGUCAUGCAAAUGGAUCUUCACCAUCAAGUAUCUACCAAAUGGAAAGAUAGACAUGUGCAAGACAAGGUUGGUUGCUAGGGGCUUCACUCAAACUUAUGGAGAGGAUUACAUUGAUAUCUUUGCACCUGUUGCAAAACUCCAUACCAUUCGGAUUGUACUCUCGGUGGCGACUAACCUAGGGUGA